AUGGAUGAGCACUUAAUUUCCACUAUUAACAAGCUUCAGGACGCUUUAGCACCCUUGGGAGGCGGAUCUCAAUCUCCUAUUGAUUUGCCUCAGAUUACCGUUGUAGGUUCUCAAUCAUCAGGAAAGUCCUCCGUUUUGGAGAAUAUUGUUGGUAGAGACUUCCUGCCAAGAGGUACUGGUAUUGUCACCAGAAGGCCCUUGGUUUUGCAAUUGAUCAAUAGGAGACCCAAAAAGUCAGAGCAUGCCAAAGUCAAUCAAGCUGCCAAUGAGUUGAUUGAUUUAAAUAUCAAUGAUAAUGACAAGAAAAAAGACAAAUUGGAAAAGCAGCAGCAUGAUGGACAAUCUGAGGACAAUAAGGAAGAAUGGGGUGAGUUUUUACACUUGCCCGGCAGAAAGUUUUAUAAUUUUGACGAUAUUAGACAGGAAAUCGUUAAGGAAACUGACAAAAUUACCGGUGCCAAUUCAGGUAUCUCUUCCGUACCCAUUAACUUAAGAAUUUACUCUCCACAUGUUCUAACUUUAACAUUAGUCGAUUUACCUGGGUUGACAAAAGUUCCCGUGGGCGACCAACCUCCUGAUAUUGAAAGACAAAUAAAAGAUAUGCUUCUAAAGUAUAUUUCUAAACCAAAUGCUAUUAUCUUAUCCGUUAAUGCCGCUAACACCGAUUUGGCUAACAGUGAUGGUCUAAAAUUGGCUAGGGAGGUUGAUCCAGAAGGAACGAGAACUAUUGGUGUCUUGACAAAAGUUGAUUUAAUGGAUCAAGGUACAGAUGUCAUUGAUAUUUUGGCUGGAAGAGUCAUUCCUUUGAGGUACGGUUACAUCCCAGUUAUUAACAGAGGUCAAAAAGAUAUUGAACACAAAAAAACGAUCAGAGAAGCGCUUGAAAACGAAAAGAGAUUUUUUGAAAACCAUCCCUCCUACAGCUCUAAAGCUCAUUAUUGUGGUACACCAUAUUUGGCUAAAAAAUUAAACUCAAUUUUGCUGCACCAUAUUAGGCAAACGUUGCCUGAGAUCAAGGCCAAGAUCGAAGCCACAUUGAAAAAAUAUCAAAACGAACUCAUAAAUUUGGGUCCAGAAACAAUGGAUUCGGCUAGUUCCGUUGUGUUGAGUAUGAUUACUGACUUUUCUAAUGAAUACGCCGGUAUCUUGGAUGGUGAAGCCAAGGAACUUUCCAGUCAGGAGCUUUCCGGUGGUGCCAGAAUUUCUUAUGUAUUUCAUGAAACUUUCAAAAAUGGUGUGGACUCUUUGGAUCCAUUUGAUCAAAUUAAAGAUUCUGACAUCAGAACCAUCAUGUACAAUAGUUCUGGUUCGGCACCAUCUUUAUUUGUUGGUACCGAAGCUUUUGAAGUUUUAGUUAAACAGCAAAUUAGAAGAUUUGAAGAACCAUCGCUGCGUUUAGUAAGUUUGGUAUUUGAUGAACUUGUUCGCAUGCUAAAGCAAAUUAUCUCGCAAUCAAAGUAUUCAAGAUAUCCUGCUCUAAGAGAAGCCAUUUCUAAUCAGUUCAUUCAAUUUUUGAAGGACGCUACCGUUCCUACAAACGAAUUCGUUGUUGACAUAAUCAAGGCUGAACAGACUUACAUCAAUACUGCCCAUCCCGAUCUUUUGAAAGGGUCUCAAGCGAUGGUUAUGGUAGAAGAAAAAUUGCAUCCACGCCAAGUUACUGUUGACCCUAAGACUGGUAAACCGUUACCAACCCAACCGUCAUCUAGUAAGCCACCAGCCAUGGAGGAAAAGUCAGGAUUUUUUGGUGGUUUUUUCUCCACCAAGAACAAGAAAAAAUUGGCUGCUUUAGAAUCUCCACCUCCUGUUUUAAAGGCUACCGGACAAAUGACUGAAAGGGAGACAAUGGAAACGGAAGUCAUCAAGCUGUUGAUAAGUAGUUAUUUCUCCAUUGUUAAAAGAACCAUUGCUGAUAUUGUACCAAAAGCUUUGAUGCUUAAAUUGAUUGUGAAAAGUAAAACUGAUAUUCAAAAGGUUUUACUUGAAAAACUCUAUGGGAAGCAAGAUAUUGAAGAGUUAACUAAAGAAAAUGACAUCACAAUCCAAAGAAGAAAAGAGUGUAAAAAAAUGGUUGACAUAUUGAGAAAUGCGAGCCAAAUUGUUUCAUCUGUUUAA